AUGGCAACCUCUGCAAAUAACUUCCAACAAGACUUCGAUAUCACGUGGGGUAAUGGCCGUGCUAAGAUUCUCGACAAUGGGAAUCGUCUAAUCCUAUCUCUCGACAAAACCUCCGGCUCUGGCUUCCAAUCCAAGCAUUCCUAUCUCUUCGGCGAGAUCACCAUGCAAUUGAAGCUCGUCCCCGGCAACUCCGCUGGCACCAUCACCGCCUUCUACGGGAGAAGCAGCAGGCGAGCAAUGGAUCUCAAUCUCACCUUAUCGUUACCAGCAAAUCCACUAAUGUCAGUGUUGAACUACUGCUUGAAAAAGGCCACCGCAGCUUCCCUAAUAGCUGCCAGAUCCUUUAAAGACUGCCCCGAAUCGAGCAGCACACUACGGAUGACCACUCUACGCUGCUUCUCAGUGGCUGAAGCGUGGAAGAAAUGA